AUGAGUGGCUCGUGGGAAGUGCACAGAAAUUGCUGUGGCCUGAGUGGCUCCUGGGCGGUGAACAGAGGGUGCUAUGGCCUGGGCGCCGCCCCUGCCUUGGCUAAGGAAUCUUGCACUCUGCCAGAAGAAGCAGGGUUGUUGGGCGCUCAGUCCAUCUUGCAGUCUCCCUGCAGUGAGUCUUUCCGUUGCCUUGCACCAGCUGCUGAGUCUGCAUCCGCGGCGCUGAAGCUUGAGCCUUCCAAUGUGAAGGCACUCUUCUUACGUGGCAGUUGCCGCAAGGGCGCUGAGGCCAUUGAAGACUUCGCCAAAGCCUUCUCAUUGGAACCGACGCUCCAGGAAGCCAAGCUUGCUUGGUUGCAAGCACGACGCGCCUUGCGAAAGGACGUUGACGACACUUGGACGAAGGGUGAAGUCUUGGCAGUGCUGGCAGAUGUCACGAGAGUGCAACAGUCCGUGCAGGAGGCUGUUAGCACUGUGGGGCAGGCGCACCUGAAAGAGAGGCUCAUUAGGCAACUUGGUUUGCCCAAGGAUCCAUUGAAGGACUAUGGUCUGACAACGGAUUCCUUUCACCAGCUCUUGGGGAGCUUUCAGGAUGAUUUCGAUGUCGUCCAGGGUGUGCAGCGAAUGAUGCAUCCUCCAGGACGAGGAGACCGGUCCCGUGCGCGACGAAUGAGCGUUCAGCAGAUUGUGCAAAGUCAUGAGGCCAUGGUUCUGGUGAUCCAGAAGAUGUUGAAAGAGCUUCGACAGAUGACUCCCCAGGAGCUGCAUCUGCUGGACCUUCAGUUGCUGGAAGCCACUGCGGAGCUCUUGAGUUAUUUGGAGGUGUCGAAUUUGGAUCUGCACCCGGAGGAUGUGGAGGAGGCCAUUUCCAUAAACGAGUUGCAGUUGCAGAACAGUCCAGAUUUUGCAAAAUGCAGCGAAGAUCUGGCAAACCUGAUGCAAGAGCUCAUGGAUGUGACCUCCAGUUUGCAAUAGAGGGCGUCAGCGAAAUCCAGCUGACUUCAGGUGAAAGGAAACAUCAAAG